AUGGGUCUGAACAACCUGUUCCAAGGCUCCAGCACGCCUAGUGACCUCGGAGGCGGAAGCCUUCGCCUGGACCCUGAUUAUGAAAAGGCCUUCAUUGACAGAUGGGGCACCGUCAUUCCGCCGGUACCCCACAACGCCGCCUCGCUGCGUCGGCAAAACAACGCCGCCCUCGGCGCUCUGAUGCGCCAGCUCCCUGUCCAUGACGGUGACAGCAUUACCCAAACGGAGAUUCCCUAUGCCUCGGCCGACGGAACAAGCAUCACGCUACAUCGCUUCAAGCCCUUGCACAAUCCUGCGUACCUCCACGGCGGGGGCUUCGUAUCUGGCAGCGUCAAGCUCUUCAGCCCGGAUAUAAUCCGCUACGCUGUCAGCACAGGCCUAACCUUCUACGCGCCCGCAUACCGCCUUGCGCCCGAGAACCCGUUCCCCAAGCCCCUCCAAGACGCUUAUUCGGCUCUGGAAUGGCUCCAAAGGCAUGCUGAGCAAGAAGGGGUCGAUCCCGCGCGCAUCGCCGUCAUGGGUAACAGCGCCGGAGCUACCCUCGCUGCCGGAACAGUGCUUAUGGCACGAGACCGAGGGUUAACCCCGGCGGUUGGAAAACUGCUUCUGAUAUACCCCGCCCUUGACUAUCACGGCAGGAAUGGGCAAGCUGAGGAAAGCAAUUCCUCGCUGACCAAGCACCUAACUUGGACCGAAAAGAAGAACCAGAUUGCAUGGAGGGCGUACCUGGACGGGUAUACCGGGGCGGUUGAUGGUUAUGACAGCGCGACCGAGGUUUCGCAGUACGCGGUACCUGCUCGGGAGACGGAUGUGUCUGGCUUGCCUCGGACAUAUGUCGAUAUUGGCGGGCUGGAUUUGUUCAGAGAUGAGGUGCUCGCAUUUGGCGCAAGGCUGGCCGCGGCCAACGUCGAGCUCGAGCUGCAUUUGUAUCCCGGCGUCCCUCAUGGUUGGGAGUGGAUGGCACCAGAUGUUCCCGUGACCAAGGCGGCGAUCGAGAAUAGAUGUCGGGCUUUGCGGGGUUUCUAG